AUCGGUCGCAUUCUUCUGUUCACAGAAACGGGAUUAUCGACGAUUGACGUGAAAAAAUCGAUUUAAGUGUUCGAAACCGCGAGCUAGAACCCUCCCUUACAUACAUAGUGUGUACAACUUAAAUUUUAAUCCAUUCGAUUGAUGGAGUGUGAAUAAAGAUAAAAUAUUCUCGCGUGUAGCUAUGUGAAGAUAUUAGCGUAUGAAUUUAUUUAGUGACGUAUGCGAACGUGAGAGGGAGAGAAACAGAUAAAUAUCGGGGCUUACAUGUGGAAUGAAAAGAGUCUGCCACAAAUUACUCAAUCGCGCACUCUACACCAUACACUGAUUGGUAAGCAUAUGCAAAGUUGCCAUUAUGCUAGAUGGAUCUGAAUUUUGCCCGAUUCUCGGUAACGCGCCAAUCGUACAAGGCACAACAUUUUACAGAUAUUCAAUAAUGAACUAGAUUUUUGUCUGCGCUGUCUCACAAAAAAAUCAUCAGGUCAAUUUCUGAUUGUUUAUUGUAUACACCUCGAAAAUCAAUCGCAAAAGUAGUUCUUCGUCACACGGAAUGACAAACAAAUUAAAUUUAUAACCUAGUGGCAACCCUGACACAAACCCCAGCAAAUAAAAGUGUUCGGGUCCGGUUCGGAAGGUUUGAGUCUGAGCGACCGCGUAGCACACAGUCGUGCAUUUGAAUGGUCCUCGCUUGCUCGGCCAACCGCAAUAAGCAUACGACGACGCUCGCCCUCGCAGUCAGUGGUUAGUUCUCAAUCAGUCAGUACUCUCAUCGCUGCUGCUUCGCACACGUCGUCAAUUGCGAGCGUUUCUCUAGCAGUGUUCAAUUUUUCAUGUGGCUGGUGUGUGAAGGAACGGAUAAUAAGCAAAAGAGAACGAAAACUAGCAAACAUCAGAAGUAAAAAAAGGAAACACAACGAAGACGUGAGCGAAGAGCCCCGCAUUCAUCGGCAGACGAACUCGCGCUCGCAGGCUGAGUGUGUGAAUGUUUUAAACGGUGCACUUGCGCAAUAGGUGUCGCGACUCGCGUUCGCAUGUGUGAUAAAAUUUGAAGUGCGAAAAAGAAAAAAAAAGCGGACAGCAAGAGGCUUCCCAGCAGAAAGUGGAUUUUUGUGAUUUUGUAGUUGACCGUGGAAGAGUUCUGUACCCCUAUGUGAGCUCGUCAAAGCAGAUUUCGCCCCCCUCAGAGCGAAGCCCCUAUUCCACUAGUGGCGAGUGGAAAAGGUUAGUUUAUAUCCAGAUCUGCUGUAGUGGAUAUUAGUUGUUGUGGAUAAUGGUGGUGCUGCUAGUGUUGAUUUGAUGCACUGGAAAACUCUUUAUGAAAAUUUCGUGAAAUCAAUUUUUCUCGCGCAGUAUUUCUGCACGGGAAGUGUCACAAGCUAAACGUCAAGAAAAAAAGAGAGCCCAAAGUGCGAGCAAACGCGUGAGAAAAAGAGAGGGAGCGAACUUGAGAAUUUAGUAGUUCAAUAGACCGCGAAAGGGCGCACGCAGAACACAUCCCAUACACGCACACAAAUCACACCGCGGUAGCAGCAGUUCAGUGAGAGUGUCCAACUGAGACUAUCACGUUUCAAUUACGGGGCCCACUUUGAUACACGAAAAUCCCAAGACCACCAGGCAACAGUAGGUCGCUUAGGGUAGAGAAAGUGCCCUGUAACUAGUGCUAAAUCAAGCGGCUCUCGCGGGAUAAUUAUUCAAACCACAGCUGCUGACCAUUUCUGUCGAAACCGGAAUUAACUAAAAGCCGCCAAAGUGUAUUCCCACGAAGACAGUGUUGAAAUUAUGGCCGCUGAUGCCGCAAUGGAUACGACCUGUCCCAGUCCUGAACUGGGCGAUUCCAGAAAACGGCCCCUAGACGACGGUACCGACGAUGGGACCUCCAAGCGUUCGCACUUCAGCACCAACGCAACCGGGACUACAACCACAACCACCACCACCAAUGGCGGCGGUACAGUUGGCGUCGGUGGGGGCGACAACUAUCACUUCAAGACACUGGUUCCAUCGGUGGCGGCCGGUGCGAUCAUCGGGAAAGGUGGCGAAACGAUCGCCUCCCUGCAGAAGGAUGCCGGAGCGCGGGUGAAAAUGUCCAAGGCACAUGACUUCUACCCCGGAACAUCCGAACGCGUCUGUCUCAUUAGCGGCACAGUCGAUGGCAUAUUGACUGUGCUCGAUUUUAUCAUUGAUAAGAUUCGCGAGAAGCCAGACAUGACCAAGGUACUGACCGACGCCGACGCCAAGCAGGCGGCCGAGCGCGACAAGCAGGUCAAAAUUUUGGUCCCGAACUCGACGGCCGGUAUGAUCAUCGGCAAGGCCGGGGCCUACAUCAAACAGAUCAAGGAAGAUUCGGGUUCGUACGUCCAGAUCUCGCAAAAGCCGAAAGAGCUCACACUGCAGGAACGCUGCAUCACAAUCAUCGGCGAGAAGGAGAACAACAAGAUUGCAUGCAAGAUGAUCCUGGCGAAGAUCAUCGAAGAUCCCUCAUCCGGCUCAUGCUUGAACGUAUCAUACGCAGACAUCAACGGACCGGUGGCCAAUUUCAACCCCACUGGUUCGCCAUUUGCCGCCUCACAGAAUCCCACUUUCAGCUCCAGUACCGCAUCAUUAAAUACCGCACUGAGCGGCACACUGCCCGGGGCAUCCGCGGCCGGUUUACUGGUCAACGGCACCGGACUGAAUCUGUCAUUAAAUCUAGGUGCACCUUCACCACAAACUAAUCCUACAGUUACCACACAAUUGCUUGAACAUAUUAAGGGUGCCAUGAGACAGUCCGGCUAUUCCGACACGGCUACCACUGAAGUACACGCAGCAUUGGCCGUUCUUGCCAAGUACGGUGUGCUAGGUAUCGGCGUAGGUCUGCAGAAUGGAACCCACACCACCCCCCUGAGCUUCCUGGGAGUGCAAGAGCUUCAACAGUCAACCGCAGCAGCCGCGGCUGCUUCGGCCGCCACUGGAGUGUACGGUGCGGUAAGCCAGCUGAAUCUGGAUUCCUAUUUGCACGGUGCUGGCACCGCGACCCCCCGUACCUCGCUGGAACGCUACGACGCUACCUUCGAUCCGUUCCGACAUCCCGGAACGCAGGCCGCCACACCGAUCUCGAUCAAUAACAACGCCUUCGGUCUGAGCAGUGCUUCCGCUCUGAAUGCUGCAGCCGCUGCCCAAACGCUUGGAUCGCUAAGCAAGAGCCCGACGCCUGCCGAGAUGACCACUAGCAAGGAGAAGAACGUCGAGAUCCCCGAGGUGAUCGUUGGUGCCAUCCUAGGUCCUGCCGGCCGUAGCCUAGUCGAGAUCCAGCACCUGUCCGGGGCAAAUAUUCAGAUUUCCAAGAAGGGCAUCUUCGCCCCCGGUACCCGCAACCGAAUCGUCACCAUUACCGGUGGCCCUAACGCCAUCAACGUCGCUCACUAUCUGAUCGAGCAGCGGAUCCAGGAGGAGGAAGCGAAGCGCGCCUGCCAGACCACCGCCGGAGCGGCAGGCAAAACCACCAAUACUUCUGUGGCGGCCGUUACGCAGUGAAUCCUUUCUACCUUCAAAACCACACCGUCACACAUACAGAAUUACAGACACACUUUCACACAAACAAAUAACCUUACUACAAACAAAAUGUAACAUUGAACGUGUUCGUGUGUGAGUAGCGUUUGUUCGCAUGCUUUCGCACGUACCGGUAAGUUCAGGACGGUUAGGACGACGGAGCAGAAGGUUAAACGAACCCCUGCGGAAGCGAAAGCAUAAUAAUAAUAAUAAUUAUGAAAAAAUAAUUGUUAUUUUAGCAGUCAAUCCAAGAUUAAAACCAGAUAUAUGAUAUAUGGUAGGCAGGCGGGAAAAACAACACAUGCAAUCACGCACGCACACACACACAUGCGAUACGUUGUAGAUAAAUCGAAGAUCAUAGCAUACAUUCACGUUUAAAAAAAACACAUACAGGCGAAUAGAUCAGACCGCAUGUUAACACACCAUUUACGUACUAGUAGUUUGUUCCGUGUCUGCUCGAAUCCUACGGUUCUUUGUUUCUUCGGGAGUUCUUAUUUGCAAUUUUUGUCAUUUGAUUUUAUUAUUUUUGCGUAUUUUGAGAGAUGUUCUUAGGUUUUUAUAUACAUAUUCAUAUUUCAUAAUACGGGCCAGGCCUAAAGAUUUUUUAGCUAUUAGUGAAUGUAAUCUAAAAUCGAAAAGAGCCUCCUUACUCAAAUACACACACUUAUGCAGACACACACACAUAGCGUGCAGUUUUCCAGAUUUCCCUUGUUUCAGCCGCUUACACGGGUGACAACUAGAAACGAGGAGAUCCAUGCGCGCCGUGCUCAUCACCCAUUUCGUUUUGUUGAAUCUUGAAAAUGCAUUGUUAAAUAUUGGCACACAUACACGUAAAUCAGACACACACACGAACACAGUAAACACAACCAUUGUGGAAAAGUGCAUAUAGAAUACAUGUUGUAACGAAGUCAUAGUAAAUAGCAGAUGUAGGAAACAACUAGGUAAUUGCGAAAGGGUAAAGUCUAACCACAUUUUACUAGUUAACAGUUAAUGACUUUAGUUCGCGAAAGAGAAACAUUAUAUUUAACCUAAAGGAAAAAAUGUUAUACUUGUUUUUUUUUUUAAUAGUGGCAAACAAAGAUUUGUUAAUAUAUACGUUAUGUUGGCGCCAGGUCAAUCUUUCCCUUUUAAUUAAUAUUAAUCCACUAUUAGACAACAAGUAAAUGAAGGCGAAAAACAAGGCAAAGGCAUGUGCAAAUUUUAACUUGUUUUUAAUGUUUAAUUGCAAUCUGUUAAAGUUAAACCAAAAAGACGUUUUUCUUCAUAAAACCAUGUUACAAACUACACAAUGUUAGUAGAUUUUAACGACAGCGACGCAGCAUGGCAAGCGAAAAACAUUUAUACAACAUUCAAACAAACACACACGCACGCAUAUAUAAACAAUGUCAUCACAGUUAUCUGUUAUAUGUCACAUUUUUUUCCUCGAUCGUGCUAUUUAUAACUUUCACAUCACUUUCAAAAACAACACAACCGCAACUGUUAAUGGUACUUGUACGUCACAUUACAAGAAAUUCUCACAGCCCCAGAAAAGGCAUACGAUAUGUACAUCUCUGUUUCCGAAGCACUUUUCCUUGUUUUCCAAGUCAUUACGAUAAACAGAUAAACAAACAAAACAGAAAGAAAGGAAAAAAACACUAUUUAUAGCCAAUUACCAUUAACCGUUAAUAAUCUAGUUAAGUUUACGCGAAAAGAGAAGAAAAUGUAUAACUAUACAAUAGUGAUAUACUAUAUGGAAAGAAUAUAGAUGAAAGGAGAACCGCAGCGGACCUUCUAAAGUUGUCAGCAACCAAGCCCUUUGUAAAGAGUAAAACAGCAGCAAGAUUGAAUUAAUGGAAAAUAUACGGGAUAAAACGAAUUACCAAUUACAAAACAAAAAAGCGACACCGCUAAGCUUGCGAUUAUUUUAGUUUUUAGUUUUCAAACAUUUGCUUGCUUCAUUCAUUCUGUAACAUCAUUAGUCACCAUUAACAUUACCACUCAUAUAGUAGAGAGUAGCGUUCGCCAUCUCACACACUGGAAAAUCGAGUCUUGUAAAUAAUUCGAUAUGCUUCAUGACAAUUGAUGGUUUGUUUCCCGAAGUCAUGGAAGAGAUAAAAGAGAGAGAAAAAAAACAUAACUGGAAGCCUACUAGCAAAACAGAUAGUACAAUGUUACACACAUUAUGUUGAACAAAAUAAGAGGAAAGAAAUAAGAGAAUCAUCACAGCAAGGAAGUGUCAGGAGUUCGCCAAAAAGUGCAUUGGUAGGGAGGAGGAGGGUUGAGGAAACCGCAUUUUUAUUGUUGUUAGGCCAUUAUUUACUCAGAUUUCACACUACUAAUCCGCGUUCAUCCGCACUACUAACUACCAUCAUCAUCUUCACCGCCGAAAGACCGUGUCGUUGUUGGGACGCUUGGGAAAGAGAAAAAAAAAGAAUCCUGUACCUAGGCUGCGCGCUGGCGCAGAAACCUCGCCGCGAGUUUGAUGCCGCUCCUGGUUAUCCUAAAGGUUUGUUCAACUAUGGCGGAAACUCUUAGUAGUAGGGGUAAAGUGAAAUUGAUACUGACUUUUGUACAGGAUUAGAAGUCAGUCCAGUCAUCUAGAGGAGAUACACAGCUGUGAUGAAAUCGUGUCAAAUGAGAAAGCAACGGUAAAUGACAGCGAAGCCCCAUUGAUGGAGACGCUUGGUCACUCUUCGAGGUAAAAUUUCGCUUAACUCCGUUAAUUUAAAAAAAGGGCUAUGUAGGUGUCAAGCUUCAGUCAAUAACAUACAUCCGGUUACCACCGGUGUUGUUAUUUUUAAAUAGUUUAGUGCAAAUUAACACAUCUUCAAACUGUGUUCCAGAACGUGGCGUUCACGAACUAUUUCGCUAGCAGAAGCUAGUGCUUUUUCACUUGUUUCAAUUUUCACUUUCCUUGAAACUUUGAGCUUUAACAAAACAACACAUAAGUACUGAGAAGUGUACAAUUUUCCCAAGUUGACAUCUUGAUCAAGCAUUAACUGAAUCAGUUUUUUUUUUGGUAUUUUUCGUCUGCAUUUAUUUCCCGCGGGCAGCACUUGUGUGUGAUAUGUGACUCGGGUGUUGUGUAAAUAUCAUUCGAAUUGGUGUACAGGAACAAAAGACUAUAGAAGUAACACGACGCUCACAAUCAGUCAUUUUAAACCAAAACGCCUUGAGCGUUUUAUGUGGCCUCUAUAGUCUGAAGACUCUGUAAAUUGGUGCCAUCAACCGUAGUGCAAUUGUUCAAAUAUACUGGUGAAAUGUAACCAUGUUGUAUGUGAAAGUCUUUUCAAAUAAAUACGUAAAGCCGAAUGCCGGUUCGAUCUUCACUGCGCACAGGUAACGUGGCUAGUAGUAGUGUGUUAUUUGCAGUGUAGUUAUCUACGAAAUAGUAACUAGAGCAGACUUAUAACAGCUUUCUUCCCUCCUCUGAUGAAACAUGGAAAGAGAAGCGAAAUAAAAUUCCAGAACAGUUUAUAUUCAAAUUGAGACAGAGAAAAUAAAACGUUGUGAUGGUAGACAAUUAUAUUGCUGUUAUUUGUUGAAAUAUGAAGUACACACCAUAGAGUUAAUAAGCAAAAAGUAAACAAAACGAAAAAAAAAACAGAUGAUUCACAGUCAUUGGAAAAAAUAAUACUUAUCCAGGUUGAUAGAAUGUUUGAUCAAGCACAUAACUUUAGAAAAAGAACAACAAAAUACAAAAAAGCGUUUUUUUUUAAAUCGACUGAUUCGUCAAACCCAGCGGAAUCCGUCUAUGCUCCCGACAUCCGCACACAUCAUCACUUUACUUCUUCACAUUUUGGAAUGUAGAAGAGAACGAGUUUUGAGUUACGAAUUGAUAGAAAUUAAAGUACCUACACGUUUAUAUAGUGAUAAAAAUCGUACAUUCAUUCAUUGAAAAAUAAAAUAAAUACAAAAUAACUAUGCAUGCGUAACCAUUACCCAAAACAAGCAUUAGGUCGUUUUAUAAAGUUUAAUAUACGAAGAUAAAUACCGAGAAUAAGAGAAACCUGCGCGUAGGCUAACCCCUAGCGAAAAUAGCGCGAACAGAUUCGCAUCGCACCUUUCCACUUUCUCAUUUUAUAAACAGACAUCGCACAGAACUACCAAAUUGUAGGGCGAAGGAAGUAUCAACCAAUCGAGUUUAGGUAACAAUAAUUACACGCAAAAAAAAAACAAAGAAUGAAGCAAAUCGCGGGAAAAUUAUAUCACAACAAAGCUAGUAAAUUGAAUCAAACUAUAAGAAAUUUAAAAUGAACUGCAUUAGCAGCAUAAAAAACUGUAUUUUUAUAGAGUGAUUAAAGGGCAGAAUUCAUUUAUUACACAAAUUUCAACUCUUUGUAUCCCUCUUUAUAAAAAAAAACACGUGCGAAAAGAAAAAAUCUUCUAAGUAUAUUUAUAUAUUGUAUGUAAGAAAGGAGACAAAUUAUUGACGGAAGGGACACAUGAUUUUAAAAGCUAGAUUACAAAAAAAAAUUAAAACGAAAGUACGAAAAUGCUGCAAGUCACAUUCGCGUUUCACACCCAUUUGAAUCCCCGCUUUUCGAAACCUGUUUGUCCUAUCGUUUCUUCGACAUCACAGCGUUACAGUUCGUUUUAGUGAUUGCAAACAGAACAAAACAAACAAUUAUCGUAUUUAUUACAAACUAGACAAUACUUAGCGAAAACAGAAUGCCCUCCUUACUUUCUCCCUCGGUGGGUGCAAUGUAGCUUAUGCUGGCAGUUUAUCACGUAGACAUUCAAAGCAGCGAAACAUAGGUAAGAGUGAUCAGGGGAGAGGGGGAGGCCUGCCAGCAUUUUUAGAUUAUUAUCGGAAUUUUGAAGUUCCUCCUAGCGGGCAAAUAUAUAUAUAGCAGAAUUUUUGAAGUGACGCGAAAUACAUUUGCAAAUCGCAUCAGGAUUAUGCUCUGUUGUUCUUAUGCUAGUACACGUACACACAUACAUACACACACACUCUUAUAAAUUUCCACAUGAUAGCAGCAGUAAGCGAAACUUGAAACUUUAUACAGUGCACCACUUUUCCAGCAGACCUUGUCGAGUCAUUUCACCGUAAAUACAUAGUAAAUGUUGAUGAAGUGAAUGCAAAAAAAUCUUAAACCAUCUUAUCUAAAGUUAAUUAAACCAAUUAAAAUUCUUCCUGACAUCCCUUUCAUGUUGAUUUUCCUCAUAAAGUCGAAGUAUAUAUAACAAACAAAUAGAUAGAGUGAAAAUGUUUUAGGAAUGAGAAGUAAAAUGUUGUUUAUCUUAGAAAUAAAAUUAGAAUGCAGUCGAAAUCAGUUAGACAAGAAAUGUGAAGAAGAAAUCAAAUUUUUAGCAUACUGCAAACAAUAUGAAGAUGUGAAAGAAAAACAAUGUAGUUUCUAAACAAACAAGAAGAAUGGAUUAUUGAUAAAAGCAAAAUCUAAUCAUAACACUCUUAAACAGUUACCGUUCAAAGAAAAAAAACUUUCAAAUACAGUAGGUAAAACAAUAAAAAGCCACAAAUUCUUUCGUUUUUCUUCACUGCUCAUCACAUUUCCCACCACUACCACCAUCGCCACUACAACCACGUUCAUUCAUCGUUCUUUCACCAUAAACUGUAGAAAGUUUGAUCAAUCACCUCCUUCUGUACAGCCCCGGUAACGUCUGGCUCCAUUAUCAUCAUCAUCAUCAUUAUCAUCACCUACAGGUGUAGUUUCGUUUCCGCAUCACCAACUCGAGCACAUCUUCCUGAUCUGCAAGAAAACACGAGCGGCCAUUUCACCAACCAAUAGACAAAGUUUAUCAUCGUAGACCCAUGGGAAACCUUCUCCUAGCGCUUCUACGAGAGCAGCACACGAACUCCCUACCCCGCAAAACAAAACUUCAAAAAAAGUCAACCACGCCGAAAGGCACACGCGCACGGGAACGAGCUGAAGUUAAGCAAAACAACAUAAAAAUUGCAGCAGCAAGUCUAAAUAUUACAACAACAAAAAUAAUGAAAUUCUAUCCGUCAGCAAACAAAGCAAAAAAAAAUUCAUAUUUAUACAGUAUAGUUACACAUGGUAAUGAAAAGAAGCAGGAGUAGGCCGCGACAGGAGGCUCUGCUAUAGCUACCGCAUUCUGCGCACCAGCAGAGCAAGCGAGAGAGAGAGAGAUAACGAGAUACGAAAGAAGUAAAAAAACAGAACUUAUUGAAAAGUACACUUAGAUUUAGGGCCAAUGUGAAUGUGCGUGUGAAAAUCAACAAACCAGAGCGAGAAAGAGAAAAAAAAACGUUACGGCGGAAAUUAGUUCAAUUAAUAAUAAAUUUAAUAUAGUAAACGUAAAGGAUAAAUUAAAACUAAAAGCAGAGGAAAAGGAACGAGGACAAGGUUGGCAGAGGACGGGCGGGGAAACCGUCCCACUGGCCGUACAGUCAAAACGAUAAGCAGCAAGUAGCAGGAGCAGAACUGGAAAUUCGAAGCUAUUUUAAGGGCCAAGAUAGAGGGACAAUGUCGGGAAAGAGUAGCAGUAGAGGAGGAAAGUAAGGUAAAAAAAAAUACAAGUAAGAGAAAGAAUGCGCGAGAAAAAAAGGAGGAGAUUUGUUAAAUAAUGUUUAAUAUUUAAAUAUCAAAAAUAAAAUUAUAUUGAAAAAUAAAGAGGUAACAAAAUAUUCGAGAAAAGAA